AUGAGACUAUUCCGCAAAAUGCCUCUGAGAGACGAUACAGUCACUUAUAAUGCUCUCGUCCAAGGCUUUUGUCAAUCAGGAAAACUUAAUGUCGCCAAAGAACUAUUCCAAGAGAUGGUCUCUAUUAGUGUACCACCCAGUGUUAUGACUUACGGUAUAUUGCUCGAUGGGUUGUGUGACAAUGGAGAACUAGACAAGGCACUGGAAAUACUUGAUCAAAUGCGCAACAUGGUCGACGAUGCUUGGGAUCUGUUUUGUAGCCUCUCCCUCAACAAAGGAGUGAAGCCUGAUGUCAAAACAUACACUAUAAUGAUUGGAGGAUUAUGUAAGAAAGGCUCACUCUCUGAAGCGGGUAUGUUGUUUAGGAAAAUGGGAGAGGAUGGGAUUGCGCCUAAUGAUUGUACGUACAACACACUAAUCCGAGCUCAGCUCAGAGGCAGUGACAUAAGCACUUCAGUUGAACUCAUUGAAGAAAUGAAGAGGUGUGGCUUCUCAGCAGAUGCUUCCACCAUAAAUAUUGUUAUGGAUAUGUUAUCGAGUGGUAGAUUGGACAGAAGCUUUCUAGACAUGCUUUCUUGA